AUGAUGGUUGUCACAAAAGUAUUCUGGCUCGUAUUUCAAUUAUUGCUUUGAUUCUUGCGAAAUGGUAUCACCAUAUUUCUUUAUUAUCUAGUAUCGUUAUGGUGUUUCAAUAUGGACAGAAAUGCACUGAGCAAAUUCGCUCUGGUGCUGAGAAGUGCCUUGGUGAAUCUACUAAGUUUGACCAGGUCAUAAGCACUAAACAAACCAAAGCUCGUUGUCUGCAAGUAUCUGGAACUGCUCUGUUCUUACUGGUUUUAGCUUUAUGUUUAGCCUAUGUAUGUAGACAUUAUUUAAGAGACUUGUUAGGAUGGAUAGAGAACCUACAAGAAUGGCAGGGUGUACUGCUCUUUGUUGUAAUGUUCACGCUUGUGUCAUUCCCGAUGACUUGGGGUUACAUCGUUCUCAAUGUGGCAGGCGGUUAUCUAUACGGGUUUGUUUAUGGCUUAGCCGUUGUAUUUUUAUCUGCAAGUUGUGGAGUUUCAAUAUCUUUUAUUGUUUGCCGGCGAUAUAUGAAAGACUGGGUUAGUUCUACAUUGGAGUCGGAGAAUUUCAAAGCUGUUUUACGUGUCGUUGAGGGCAAUCGAGGUUACAAAGUCAUUGCCUUAACACGUCUUACUCCUAUACCAUUUGGACUCCAAAAUGGAUUAUUCGCGGCGACAAAUGUAAAAUUACCAAAGUAUGUAAUAACUUCAUCUCUUGGACUUCUACCAACUCAAGCUCUUAAUGCAUAUAUGGGAUCAACUUUGAGAUCAUUAGAAGAUGUUGUAUCUGAACAAUCAGGAGGAUAUGUUAUACUCUUUGCUCAAGUUGUGAUUGGUGUUCUCUUGAUGUCAUAUGUUAUACGAAGGGCAAGGAGAGAACUCAACAAAACUUGUGAAGAAUCUGAAAAGGAAUUACAACUAAAUGUUGUAUGUAAUGGGGAUAUAGAAGCACAGAAAAGUCCACCAGAUAUUCCUAAGAAAUCUAAGAACAAGUUUAUAAAGUCUCAUAGGAAAUCUCAUUCUGCAUCAGCUAUAUUGGUCAAUGAAGUUCACUCUGAUAAAUCAAGAACAGCAUAGUAACUACUAGCCUAGUGAUAAAUGUUAGUUUGGUAGACCUUGUUAUACCUUAUAUACAUGAGAUCAGAGACCUAAAAGGCACUUGAAACGUAUAACGCUCUGACAGUUGUUGGAAUAUUCAAAUAUUUGUGACGUAACGGCACAAAGAGGGGGCUGCAUGGACAGGAURCAAAGCUGCAUUUCAAUUGAACAAAGAAAAUUAUAUGUACUUAUACUUGUAAGUAUAAAAUCGUUAUUCAAAAAAUAGGUUUUCCAUUAUAAGUGGUCAUAUCUUGGGUACGUCUUACAUUAAUGCAUACCACAUUUUUACAAGUUUGACGAUUAUCUGGGAGAUUUCAACUUUUAUCUGGGAGACCGGGAGACAAGGUUCAAAUUCUGGAGACUCCCGAAUAAUCCAGGAGGGUUGACAGAUAUGCAAUCAGUACAGGCCUUUAAUCUCUUAUCCAAUGGCCGCAUUUUCCAAAUAUGGUCAUAAUGUUCAUUUUCGAAUUUUUAAUGAGCUUUGAUUAUGUUUGGUACUAAAGAAAUGUAUGGGCAUUACACGUUUCAAGUCCCUUAUAGGUUUCUUAUGAGAUGCAAUAAGGAAAUUCUAUUAUUUAUUCCUAACAGAGAGUCUAUUUGUCCCUUGUGUGGUAAUAUUAGUAAUGUAGAGAAUAGUAUCCCAUAUUCAGUCAAUCCCAUUAGUUCACUUGUAAAGAAAAAGUCAACAGUAAAAUCAUUUGCAUCAAAGGGUUUUUAAUAUUCACAGGAAUACUAGUAAUUGUAAUCACAAACUUUAGAAAAAUAGCGAAUUAAAUGUUAUUGUUAUUUUUGCAAAGAAAUUCAAAAAUAUAUGCAAAUAACCUUGUUGUUGUCUUUACAUCUUUACAACACGAGAAUGUUAAUGGAUUAACAGUAUUCCUGAAGCUAGAUAACUUACUACUAAUUCUUGUUAGCUUGGAAGUUAAACAAUUCAUGUAUAUUGGGUAACCAUUUAGUUGUUUUCAUGAACCUGUGAACUUCACUUGAGCAAUGAUUUCAACUUUGCAUGUUUUUUUUUUCUCUUUUUUUAGUUUAUCAAACGUUAUCUAACUUUGAUYCUUUCACUAGUUUACAUGUUUAUGAAAACCUUUCGAUAAAAAGAUAGAGGCUUUAAGCCAUUAUAAUUUUUUUUGGAGAUUUAGUUAAAAAGUUGGAACUAAUUGCAUUCCAACUGAUAGUGAUCUUAUCAAUCCAGUUGUUAUGGUUACGAUAUCAUAAGAUUGUUCAAAUGGCCUAUUUAAUGGUGCUUCUUAGGUCCGUCCAUUAGAUGGAAGUUUUAGUUCAAGAAAUAUUCAAAAAUUCCCAUUUGCAUUUUCAUGUAAAUAAUCCUUUUAAAUCAACAUUCCAGCAUUUUAGAUAUCAUUUAUCUGUUUAAAAGGGAAUUUUACAUGCUAGGUAGAUUUUAAUUAUUGUGAUAGUUAUUGCCAUGAUGCUCAUUUGAUAAAAAAUAUUUAUUGGUAAAAAAAACCUUUUAUACUUACAAAUUAUUAAUGAAAUUCUACUUUAUUUUUAUUUUCUUUGACAUGUUGUGAAUAAGAGUAAACACAUAAUCUGUGACCCAUGAAAAGUACAAUGCAAGUCCUAWUUAAUAAUUAUUCUAAUUCCUUUCUUUCUUAUACUCUACAUCAACACUAUUUAGUAGUAGUUUGGUUUCACAGAUUUAGUGUGUGUACUCAACUUGGGAAAACCGGGGUUUGUACUGAAAUUGAAAUAAAAUGCUCUUCAAUAGCAUAA